CUGUGCUAUCCAUGUUCCACUUCUCGACAUUCCAAUGCUAUGCUGUCUAGCAGGAGGCGACCUAGCUCACUUCUACCGACGCAAUUCCAAGUCCCGGGUCUAUUGCCAGUGAUAUCAACCUCGGCAGUCAGUGUCUAGUCUAGCAGUGGGUCUCCGUCAUACGUGGCACCUGCACAAUCAAUGAUUGCCCAGGUUCAGCUUAAUUCCAUCCUACUUGCAUUGACAUGCAUGACAGCUGCGAUACUGCGGAAGUGUAUCCUAUCACUUGUCUAUAACGUAGAGCACUGUGAACCUGCGACGGCAACAAAAAGGUCGGGCAUCCAAAGACGCACCUCCGUAUCCGUAUCAACAGGUGACCCGUUCGCUCGGAAAGGAGCCGAUUUCCAUCACUCGCAACAUCUCCACUCGACCGCCCAAAGCAACAUCUCCGUACAGUGCAACCGACGACAGUCGCGUCUCUAACAAAAAUGAUGCCAGGACCGCGAUUCGAAGACAAAGUCGUCUUCGUGACAGGCGGUUCAUCCGGGCUCGGGGCCGAAGCAUGCGCGCAAUUCCUGGCCGAAGGAGCGCGUGUUUUCAUCAUGGACCUAGCCGAGAAAGACAUCCUGACACGCUUGAAACAGCAACUUGAACAAACUGAUACUCCACCGACAGACGAGAAGGCUACAUUCUUCCAAGGCGAUGUAUCCAAGCCCGAAGACUGUGAAACCGCAAUCGGCAAAUGCAUCGAGCAGCACGGUCGACUGGACAUAUUAUUCCACAACGCGGCACAACCCACGCCCAUGACGACGGUGCCAUACCACGACGUGACGCAGUUCCAACAGAUCAUCAACACGAACCUCUGCUCGCUCUUCUACCUGGCACGCGUGGCGAUCCCACAAAUGCAGAAGCAAGGGAAAGGAGUCAUCGUCGCCACAGCAAGCACGUCCGCGCUAGCCGGAGAAUACGGUCUGGCCAGCUACGCGGCGUCCAAGGCCGGGAUGCUGAACCUGAUGCGCACAAUGGCUCUUGAUCAUGCCCGCGACAAUAUCCGCAUCAAUGCCAUUUGUCCAGGAUACAUGCCCACGCCCAUGACGGAAGGCCUGGGUGAUCUCGUCAAGGUCGUCGAAGACAGUAUCCCCUUGGGAAGGGGUGGUGAUCCCAAGGAAGUGGCUCGCACAGUCUUGUUCUUGGCCUCGGAUGACGCGAGUUAUAUGACUGGUCAUGCUCUCGUUGUCGACGGCGGCUGGUCCGCUCAUUCUGGUGCCCCGAAUCUUCUGAAAUAUGUGCCCCAGCAGUUCCGCUAUCACGAAAAAUGAUGUUAUCAAGAGAAGAUGGUCGUCUAGGGAUCUGGCAAGUCUCGUCUGCCACCUCUCCGCUUCUUUCUGUCGUGGUUGUUAUUGUUGCAGGGCGUGAGAGCUUCGGUAGGACGACGACGAUUAUUCACAUUCAUCGAGGGAAACCCAAUUACGCCCAGUAUCAGUCCAAUGCUGGUGAUUUGCUUCGUACUGAGGUUUUCCCGUGUCUCUACAAUGGAUACUUCGGUGUUCUGGGCAAGCUUACGACUACUACCAAAUUACCAUGAAUUGCAAUGCCGAGGACGAGUCUGCACGUGCUCACUUUGAAACCAUUGAAUCUUCUAUUUGCUACAUUGUCGAAGUAGCACGGAAGCUCUAGUCUUCAGCUCACAUCUUCUUCCUUCCACAAGUCUGCAGGACGUCCCGAUGCUUGAUAAACCGCUGCAAGUCUUGCGACGCUACCUGGUGCUUGAUUAACUCCGGUAUCGAGGCGAUUAAAACAUGUCAAAACAAUGUGAGCUUCUCCUUCAUGUGCCCGAUCUGUAACGUCCAUCGAGCCAACGCAGCAUGUUCCGUGCGACAAGUUGAGGUGGCCAGGCACAAGCUGGAGUGAUCAAUUCGGUGACGGAGAGCAAUAAUCUUCAGCGUUGCUCGAGCCCUCGGUGGCACGGAUUUCGGCAGAAGAUGCUGUUGGAGGCACAUCACAGCCCGGUUGUUGAGGUGCAAUGAGCCUCGCUGGGCGAGGUUGAAGAUUUGAGGCAUGGUCCGUUGCAGAAAUCGAGUUCUGUGCAGGUUUCCACAGAAGGAUCCAGCCGUAGUGGCACACAGCUCACUCUUUUACUGCGUCCGCAAAAGAAACACCUGGUUUGACUUCACUCGUAUCAUCCUCCUUGACUGCGUCGGCGAAAGAAACGCCUGGCUUGACUUCGCUGGACGCUUCUUCCUUAGACUGCUCUUCAUCAUUACCACCGGCGUCAACGUCAUGGUCCCUGACUGCUUGACUUUCGUCGAUGAUCUUGUC